AUGCUGGGCGGCGGCCUCGGCCCGGGCGGGGAGCGGCCGGGUCCCGGCUCUGGGGUCUCUUCGGCGGCGCUGCCGCUGCUUCACCCUCGCACGGGGCGGCUGGUGACGGUGUCUCGGGGCGGCCGCAGCGCCGCCCGCUCGCAGCCCGGCCAGGAGUUCAACCACGGGCUCGUCCUCAGCAGGGAGCCCCUCGCCCCGGGGGCCGUCUUCACCGUCCGCAUCGACAGGAAGGUUAAUUCCUGGAGCGGCUCCAUUGAGAUUGGCGUGACGGCCUUGGACCCGAACCACCUCGACUUCCCCAGCAGCGCCACGGGCCUCAAGGGCGGCUCCUGGAUCAUCUCGGGCUGCUCGGUGCUGCGGGACGGGCGCUCUAUCCUGGAGGAGUAUGGGCAGGACCUGGACCAGCUGGGCGAGGGCGACCGCGUGGGGAUCCAGCGCACGGCCAACGGGGAGCUGCGCCUCUGGGUCAACGGGCAGGACUGCGGCGUGGCCGCCACGGGCAUCCCCCUCCACGUCUGGGCCGUGGUGGACCUGUACGGCAAGUGCACACAGAUCACGGUGGUGCCCAGCAGCCCCGAGGAGGCGGAAGAGGCAGUCGCGCACGAUGAAGCUCUGGACCUGCCUUGCAACCAGAACCGGCCGGAUAAAUUUCCCAACAGCUUGGAGUCGGAGAACGGGUUCUCCAGCAUGGAGCUGUCGGAGGUCGUGAGCAACGCCAUCCUGUCGGCCUACAACGGGAGCCUGCUGAACGUCAGCCUGGGCAGCCCGCCCUCGGACUCUGCCUCCUGCGGAGCCCCACCCAUGACCUCCAACGACGCCCUCCUCUUCCACGAAAAGUGCGGCACCCUCAUCAAGCUCAGCAACAACAACAAGACGGCCGAGCGGAGGCGCCCGCUGGACGAGUUCAACAACGGCGUCGUCAUGACCAACCGUCCGCUGCGGGACAACGAGAUGUUUGAGAUCCGAAUCGACAAGCUGGUGGACAAGUGGUCGGGAUCCAUUGAAAUCGGGGUGACUACCCACAAUCCUAACAACCUGGAGUACCCAGCCACCAUGACCAACCUGCGCUCAGGAACUAUCAUGAUGAGCGGCUGUGGCAUCCUGACCAAUGGGAAAGGGACACGGAGAGAGUACUGCGAGUUCAGCCUGGAUGAGCUGCAGGAAGGAGACCACAUCGGCUUGACCAGGAAGUCCAACAACGCGCUUCACUUCUACAUCAACGGCAUCGACCAAGGCGUGGCGACCACCCUCACCCCGCUCGUGGUCUAUGGUGUGGUGGACCUCUACGGCAUGGCUGUGAAGGUCACCAUCGUGCACAACCACAACCACAGCGACCGCCUCCGGCGCAACAACGCCAUCAUGAGGGCCCUCUCGCCGGACGUUGGGCGCCGCGCCAUCGAUGCCGCGGGGAGUGAGCCCGAGCCGGAGCGCCUCCUCUUCCACCCGAAUUGCGGGCAGAAGGCCGCCAUCAUCAACGAGGGACGAACCGCCCUGCGCCCCCACGCCACGGACGAUUUCAACCACGGCGUGGUCCUGAGCAACCGGCCGCUGCGCAACGGCGAGGUCUUCCAGGUGCGCAUCGACAAGAUGGUCGACAAGUGGGCCGGCUCCAUCGAGAUUGGCGUCACCACCCACAACCCCACUUACCUGCAGCUGCCGUCCACCAUGACCAACCUGCGGUCAGGUACCUGGAUGAUGACCGGGAACGGGGUGAUGCACAAUGGAACAACCAUCUUGGACGAAUACGGCCACAACCUGGACCGCUUGAAGGCAGGAGACACUGUGGGUGUCGUGCGCAAGGAAGACGGGACGCUGCACUUCUUCGUCAACGGGGUGGCACAGGGCCCUGCCGCGUGGAAUGUCCCGCCCAACAUCUACGCCGUGGUGGACCUGUAUGGGCAGGCAGCUCAGGCUACCAUUGUGGAUGACACAGAUCUCCUUCCGCUCCCCGACGACCUCUCGGAAGGCAACAACCAGCUGUCUCCCAGCAGCCCGUCCUCGGUGGCCUCCGGGAGCGACCUGCGUUUCCACCACCUGCACGGCAACAACGCCGUCAUCACCAACGGGGGCCGCACGGCGCUGCGCCAGAACUGCCGGAGCGAGUUCAACGACGCCAUCGUCAUCUCCAACCGGCCCCUCCGAGACGGGGAGCUCUUUGAGAUCGUCAUUCAGAAGAUGGUGGAUCGCUGGUCUGGCUCCAUCGAAGCAGGAGUCACGGCCAUCCGCCCAGAGGACCUGGAGUUUCCCAACACAAUGACCGAUAUUGAUUACGACACGUGGAUGCUGAGCGGCACGGCCAUCAUGCAGGACGGCAACACCAUGCGCAACAAUUACGGCUGCGACCUGGACUCCCUGACCACCGGGUCGCGCAUUGGCAUGAUGCGCACGGCCAAGGGCGACCUGCACUACUUCAUCAACGGCGUCGACCAGGGGGUGGCCUGCUCGGGGCUGCCGCCAGGGAAGGAGGUCUACGCCGUGGUUGAUCUGUACGGCCAGUGUGUCCAGGUGUCGAUCACCAGUGCCACGGGGCCCAUGGACAACAGCCUGUCCACCAGCAACAUCACCGAGAAGUCGUUCCCCAUCCAUUCGCCAGUCCCCGGCGUCGCCCACCGUUUCCACAGCAGCUGCGGCAAGAACGUGGCCUUCCAGGACGACGGCUGCCGGGCCGUGCGGGUGGCUGGCUAUUGCCACGGCAUCGUCUUCAGCAUGAAGGAACUGAAGACGGACGAGAUCUUUGAGGUGAAGAUUGACGAGCUGGACGAGAAGUGGGCGGGCUCUGUCCACGUGGGCUUGACCACCCUGCUGCCCUUGGACACUCCUUACACGGUGGCGGGGCUGCCGUCGUCCCUCCUGGACCUCCGCUCCAAGGUGACCUGGCUGGUGACGGGCUCCGAGGUGCGUCGGAACGGCAUCCUCCAGAAGCAGAACUACGGGUGCUCUCUGGAGCGCCUUGGGGUGGGAAGUCGCGUGGGGGUGAAGCGCUGCACCGACGACACCAUGCACAUCCUCAUCGACGGAGAGGACAUGGGGCCGGCGGCGGCUGGAGUCGCCAAGAACGUCUACGUCGUGCUCGAUCUCUACGGGAGAGUCACGUCCGUCUCCAUCGUCAGCUCCACCGUGCUGGAAGAGGCAGACGGCACCAAGCCCCCCUCCGUCACCUCGGAGCCCUACAGCGAAGAGGAAGAGGAGGAGGAAGCGGCUACCCCCUGCGAGAACGAAGCGCCGGCGGCCACGUCCUCCAUGGAGUUCCUCGAGAACCACGGCAAGAACAUCCUUCUCUCCAACAACAACCUGACGGCCACGCGCGUCUCCAGCUACAACCAGGGCAUCGUGGUCGUGGCCCAGCCUCUGCCGCAGCAGCAGCUCUUCCAGUUCCAGAUUGACUCCCUGAAUCAGCAGUGGACGUCUUCACUCUCCCUGGGCGUCAUUGGCAGUUCUCCCGAGCGGCUCAAUUUCCCCGCCACGGCCUGCUCCCUCAAGCGCUCCACCUGGCUGCUGCAACGCGAUUCGGUCUUCCACAACUCCCUCAAGAUCUGUGAGAACUACGGCCCCAACCUGGACACCUGCCCCGAGGGGACGGUCCUGGGCCUCCUGGUGGAUUCCAGCAGCUGCCUCCAUCUCUACGUCAACGGCAUGGACCAGGGGGUGGCCGCGCAGGACAUCUUGAACCCCUGCUACGUCCUCAUCGACCUCUAUGGGCAGUGCGAGCAGGUUACCAUUGUGACGAACGACACUCCAGCCGUGGGCGCGGAAGGAGCCGACCCCCACAACCAGGGCGACAUGGAGAAGGCAGACAUGGUGGACGGUAUCAAGGAGAGCGUCUGCUGGACUCCCCCUGUAGACCUGAACACCAUGACCUGUGAAUACCACGCUCUCUGUGCCCGCUUCAAAGACCUCCUGCUGCUGCCCGACGACUACUUUGUGGAAGACCCCAAGUUCAGCCUCUGCUACUGCGAGUCGUGUCACAAGCUCCGGGGCGACGAGGCCUACUAUAAACGGGGGGAGCCUCCCCGGGACUAUGCUCUGCCUUUCGGAUGGUGCCGUUUCAACCUCAGGGUAAAUCCCCGGUUGGAGGUGGGCAGCACCUGUAAGAAAUGGCACAUGGCCUAUCACGGGACGAGCAGAUCCGUUCGGCGCAUGCUGGAUCAAGGAGAACUGGUGCCAGGAAGCACGUCGAUCCUGAGCUGCCGCCCGGUCAAGGCGGACCCGCAAGGCGGCGGGGGUGGCGGCGGGGGUAGCGGCGGCGGCAGUGGGGGGUACCACGAGCCCGAGGAGAACAGCUCCAGCCGCGAGGAUCUGCAGCGCGUCCUGCUGUCUCCCACGCUGCGCUACGCCGGACUGGAGCCUUUCGCCACCAAAGUGCAAUUCAAAGACCCAAAGUCCCACCGGCAGCACUCGGCCCAGGUGGCCUUCCAGGUGUGCGUCCGCCCCGGUCCUACAAAGUCUGCGCAGUCGCUGGCGGCCCCCGAGCCCCUGGACCCCCGCUUCAGCAGCGCGGACAUCGAGUGGGUCACCAAGGAGAAAGGUGCUACCGUCCUCUACGGGCUCCUCGUCCGCGUGGAGUGAGGACCUCCGCCCAGGAGCCAGGAGCGCUUAC